CUGAAGUCUUGGCUUGGCUUGGCUAUGAUGCUCAUCAUGUGUGAACAGCCUAUUGAACCUCCCUUUCACAUGAGGGGAUGGGCUGUUUGUGCCUAAUGGAACAGCUCUCCAACUUUAAACAAAAGGAAAUCUUAGAGGGAAUUUUCUUUUCUUGUAAAGCCUUGUACUUUCUGGUAGCCAAUGCAAUUUGAAUUAUCAUGUUUUCUGUGUUGACUAUGCUGGCUACAUAAGUACUGGACCUUGUAUCCUGAGAAUCCCUUUUACUCCUAAAAGGCAAGAAGGAUUUGCAUUUAGGGGUUGACCUGUAAUGCCUGUAACCAGCUCUUGACGUGGGCAAUAAUUGAACAAUGGGUAUGGCAAUAGGAAGGACCUUUGUGCUAAACUGUUGAGAAACGACCCAUACGCGGCAGCCCAGAAAUGUUCUAAUUCAUUGUAAGCUGUCAAUCUGCACUCAUUUUCCCAAGACAGGUGUUUGUUGUAUGAUGCAGGCACAACGCUUUGUCAAGAUGGAAUUGUGAUCUGAAAGCACCUCUAUGUACUUCAGUCACUCGACACUAUUGAAGCACGUUGAUAGAUGACAAGAUUGCUGAAGUGAAAAGAUAGAAGAAUUCAUCAUCAACCCUCAGACCAUACCAGCACAUCAACGUGCCUUUGCUUUGAUAGCACGUGAGAGGCCUCCAGCUGAAGAACAGGCAUGAGCCCUUUUAUUUGGUGAUGACAAUAUUUUCGUUUUAGUGCCAUAAUUUUAGAUAUUUUCAGUUUCUUUUCUCGGCACCUUUUUUUCGUAUUGGCUUGCAUUUUGUCUGAUUAUAGAUCUUACAAACUGAAUAAAGGAACCACUCCCAAUCUUUCUUCAACAGUGAGUUUUGCUGCCAAAGUAACAAGCCCUGUUUGCUCUACAGUCUGCUGUCAGAUGCAAGGGUUAAGUGGAUAAUCCAUAAGUGAUGAAACUGGCCUGUUGUACAAGUUUGCUGGUGAGUUGGAAGAAUAUGACUCGAGGAACUUUUUGAAGAGAAUUGCUGAAUUCUUGAGUUGGUUUUGCUUCCCUUUUGAUCAAAAUAUUUUGGACUGAUUACUCAAUUGCUUGUUGCUCAGCCCUGAGCUGAAGACUGCAGCUAAUGGAGGCACUGGAAGCAGAUGAUAUCAGCCCUGCUUUGGAGGCCACGGAGGAGUUCUUUCUUUUCAGUGGCAUUGAUGACCAGGUAGGACAUAAUGAUCUCCCAAAACAGGAGGUGUUUGGCAUCCAAGAGGUCCCAGUGAUAGUCGGGCAUGAUGUCCUCCAGGUGAAGGGUGAGAGAUCACACAAAACGGAUGGCACCAGAAUUACAGCUCAGAAAAUGAGCAAAUCAGAGUAUGCAAAGAAACUAGAAUUCAGAAGAAACGCCCCCACCAGCAAACCAGUCGGAGUGGCUAAUGGGCCAACACAACAGUGGACCAUCGGUGCAGACACAGAGGGCUCCUUCAUCUCGAAUAGUUACGGAGCAGUUCACUCCAAGAUUGGCAGUCUGCCUGAAGAAUGGUCACCCAGCUGGCCACUAGCUGUCCGAUCGCAAUCUGACAUUGUUCCAUCUCGUUGCAAGUCACAGUCUGGCCCGGUGCCAGCCCACUAUCCACUGGAUUCGGACAUCCCUCCCUCCCGCAUCUCUUUCUCAUCCUCAUUUAGCAAAGGCGGGAACUUUGCAAUGGUCAGUCAAAGCCAAGACAAUCGUCAGCCCCUGGGCCGAGAUGUCAUAAAGAAGGGAAGCCUGGCCAGAAGGCAAGAUCAUGCCAGCCUGUGGAAGGAGUGCUACGUUGAGCUUUGUCCCCGUGAGCUGUGUCUGUACAGUGUGGCAACUGGUGACGACUCUCACCUCUGUAACGUGUACUACUUGAGCCACUGCCAAAGCAUUACCCUGUCGAUCAGCCAUGGUGACCAUGUCCUGGAGGUUCUCUUCUCCAAUGGCGCUCCGCUGCAACUGCAAGCACGCUCCCGGGAGGAGGCUGAAGAAUGGAGGCAGGACCUCCUGGCACAAAUGCUUGCCCUGAGCCUGCCAAACAGGACCCAGACCCCACCACCAACAGAUUGGCAUCCUGGGACUUGUCAAGUAAAAACCAUCCAGCCUGCUGCUGUCCAAUUGCGCCCAGAAGGUACAGUACGGAUAGGAGUGCUUCAUAUGCUGAUGCCUCAGAACAACUGGAACUCUUACACCUUUGUCCUUAGCCAAAGCCAACUCAAGUACUUUCGAACUAAUGACCUGCAGGAAGAGCCCUUGGCAUCUUACAGGAUUAAUCAAUGCCUCAACAUUCGGUUUGAGGUGACGGUGGAGUCUACACCUCGCCUCAAGGUGUCUUUUCCUGAAGAGGUUCUCAUUCUCAUGGCGGACAGCCAACAAGAGACGCAGGAGUGGAUGGAGGCGAUCAAGGCUAUGAUCAACUCCAAGCGGGUGGCUAAUAGCUCAAAGUGCUUCUCAGUGAGUGAUCAGAAGGCAAAAGGGCUGGACUGCAGUGAUGGUGGCACGAAAAGGAAUAAGCGAUACUCAGUGACCAGCAGCUUUCUAAGCCUCCUGACAGUGAUUGCAGUGGAGAAGGGGCUCACGGCUCAGAGCUUCAGGUGUGCAGGAUGUCAGAGACCGGUGGGAUUGUCCUAUGGGAACGCAAAGGUGUGUGCCUACAGUGGCUGGUACUAUUGCCAAGCAUGUCAUGUUGACGAUGUGUUCCUGAUCCCGGCUCGACUGGUUCACAACUGGGACACCACAAAGCACAAGGUUUCAAAACAAGCAAAAGAAUUCCUGGAGUACAUAUCAGAAGAGCCACUCGUUGAUGUCCGACAGGAUAAUCCACAUCUGUACGAGCAUGUGGAAGCGUUGGCCACUGUUCUCCGCUUGCGACAGCAGCUCAAAUCGCUGAGAGCGUACCUGUUCAGCUGCAGGGCCUCUGUGGCAGAAGAUUUGCGCAGAAGGAUUUUUCCCAGGGAAUAUAUUCUGCAACACGUGCACUUGUAUUCAUUAGCUGACCUUCAGCAGGUACGUGAUACAGCGACCAUUCGUUCGAACUUCCUAGUCACUGCCUGUUUAAAAAUAAUCCAAUCUGUCCAAAUUGUGCUGUAUCGUUUGUUGUCUCUGCUAUGUUAGCCCAGCUUAGCCGGGGCACAAGGAG